AUGGGUCGGGUGCCCAUAACCAUCCAAGACGACGUGCGGCAGUUUCUUUGGAUCGCUAGAAAGCUCCGUGCCAAUGCCAUACUGCCGAAUCAGCUGAAAGGACUGGAGUUUUGGGGGCAGUAUGCGCGCGAAAACAAGAUCGACCGGACCGACCAGGCGCUGCAGACAAGGUAUCGACGGAUCGUAGCUAACCUCUACACAUACCCCCUGUCGGCCGAGGACAUGCUGUUGUUGUACAAGAAGCUUGCGCUCCCGAUCGAUCCCUUCGAUGUUCAGCCGAUGCUAGAGGAAAAAUUCAAGUGCAAGAUCGACCUGCGAAGCCGUGAUUUUACAAUUCGGAGCUAUACCUUUAACGACGAGGAAUCCGGUGGGUCGGGAACGCCCAGGGCUGAUGCUGGAGGCCGGGGACGUCGCAAAAGCAUCCGGGUAGCUCCUAAUGCUACUCGACGUGCAGCCAACGAGGAAGGUGAAGCAAGAGAUACUUCAUUCAAUUUGACUGUCGAGCUCGACGAGAAGUUGGCCACCCUCGACGUGCAUUCUUCGCCGGCUCGCACUGCCAUCGCGGCCCAUAGGGAAGAAAUCAAGAAACAAGGCGCAACUCACUCGUCUCGCGUGUUCGAAUUGAAACGGCUUCGUGCCCCGAUUUCUGUGCAAUUGUCGCCUGGCUCACCAGUUUCCAGCCGCUCUUCGGUCGAUGCUAGGGCCACUCGAUCCGGAAGGCCGUUUACUCUCGACCAGCCAUGCACGUCGAAGGCGUCGGCCGCGGUUGAGAAGCAAAUGAUGGAGACGAGAAUGCGUGCGAGAAAACUGAGCACAUCCCCGAGGCUUCGGCAAAGCCCGCGACAUCGCCGGGCCUGGAUUUCUGACAGUGAUGAACAAGUGAGCCCGCCACCCAAGAAAAGGGGCAAAACGAACACUCCCGUCACUACACCUGCUCCAUCGUCGGCUAAGACCAAUAACAGGGCGCCGCCCAGUCCGGAGCCCAUCGAUUCUCAUGGCGAUGUCAUUCCAGACGAGCCCGUUCAGGAAUGGACCAUAGAAGCCGAACGCGCCUCCACUCGCGAGCUGCUCGAUCAACAUUGCGGUGGCUCUGUCGGAAUUCGGGAUGCGAUCGAACAACAAAUCUUCGAAGCCAGUGCCGGCGAGCAGCAGAGCUACAUUCAACACAAGGAGUCGAUCCUGCAGCUGCUGAAGAAGAACAAGGCCGUGCGGGCGGCGCUGAAGCCCGACUCGCAGCUGACUUCCCCGCCAAUCCUCUAUCAGCCAAAGCCGUUGAUGAAGCAUUGUGUCAAGGAAUGGCACAAACGCUUCGGCCGGGACACCCGGAUGAACCAGAUCGCCGUGACGCACAAGAAGAUCUGGGUCGGACAUCAGUAUAUGGCGACGCUCGAAUUGAGAAAAUACGUUUGGGACCAGUUGAGCGCGAUUGAGCAGCGAGCUUAUAAUUUCUCGGGCAAUUCGGAUGCAUACAAAGAAGCCAUCGAGAAGGCCGGGGACCAGAUCCGCUACCAACUGAAACGUCUCUUCUUCCCGGACGGCAUGGUCAAGCCAAAG